CUGAUAAUGCGGCGUCGGGUCGGUACCGAACGGUUACAGUGAACGCAACGGAUAUCGCGUUUUACAGUUGUGGUAGUCGGUCGUUUGUUUGUGUGUGCACCGUCAGUCGGCUUUUUCCAGUUGUAGGCGCAGUCGUUUUUCUCCUCCGCCAUUCCGCAAUCGUCACCCGAUAAAUACACCUAACCGAACGUUGAUAUUUCCGUCCGCGAACACCCAACUAAUUUAUUAGUGACGAAUCGCCGGGUCGCUGUCCGCUAUUAUACCGUGAACAACAUUCGUUUGUUUUCCGACCGUUUUCCGAGUACUUAGACUUUUUCUUUCCGUCGUCCCUUAUUCGCAGUCCUUGCGCGUUCUAAGGCACCUGCAUAUUAUUAUCAUUGUCGGCGAUUCCGUACGGGUCUCUAGACGGAACCGAAUUACCGAACGUUUACGAAAGCGCCGUCGAACCGAACGAUAAAAAAAAAAAAAAACCGCCGGUUUCCGCGAAGCCGACAGCCAAUCCGUAGCACCGAGCCGUUAAGUAAGUAUACAGCGACAUUCAAAUUAUUAAUAAAAUAUUAUCUGUUUUUCUUUCGGUUUUCCAUACGAAAAUCUGUUACGUUCUAAAAUCGCCCGGUCGAUUGGCAAAGUUCGCACCCGAAUCAAACGACCCGCGGGCGCUGAACUCGGACGCGAAAAAUACGCUGCGGCAAAAUGUUUUGGGAUUUUUUUUUUUUUUUUUUUCUCGUCCCGGCACUUAAUCAGUGGCGUGCCCGUGGCACUAUCAAUGGGAGGGGAUGUAGCACCGUACAAAUCGCGAAUAAAUCGUAAAUUAGUCUUGUCAACCAAAACCGUUUGCCAACAAUCCGGUUUCCAAUCAAUAUGUCUAGUUUAUCCUCGACAUUAGAUUGCUCGUGUUUUUUUCUGUUUUGUAUUUUAAGCCAACGAGGUUGGGGAGGGAGGAGGGAUAUUAUUCCUUACCUACACCCUCCCCCCCUCCCAAACCCUCCCACCCUGCGCACGCCGCUGUACCCAAUCGAUAAUAUUAAAUGUCGUCGAACGGCAUUCGAAAUUCGUGUCGGGGGCGCGGAGAAUGGCGGUUUUUUUUUUUUUUUCUCAAAUUUACGUCCGGGCGCCUACCUAGCUGAUCGUUUAACGAUUCGCCGUGAACUUUGUCGAAUCGCGGUGGCGGUUUCCCGUCAGUACUUAUAUUUUUGAGAGCCGGCGAUUUCCGGCCGGUGUAAUAUUUCAUUUUGUUAUAACCACCCGCCGACUAACCGACUGAAACACGCGCCCGCGCGCGCACACACACGCACACACACGCGCGCGAACGCACACACACACACACAUACACACACACACACACCCACACAUACACACACACACACACACGCACACACACACACACACACACGCUCACGUACACACAAUAGCUUUGCAAAUGACAAUGUCUCGAUAGUUGAUAGUGUACAUUAGAUUUUAGAGUGGAACGAGUGGAGCCGUUUUAGAUUUUUUUUUUUUUUUACUUUCCAAUUAUUAUAUUAUUCAACCGGUAAACGCAACGCUAUAGUUUUUUGGUUGGUUUUUUUUUUUUUUUUUUGUCUCCAUUACGAUAUUAGUACUCACAUAAUGUUAUCAUACUUAGCAGCAACAUAAACGUUCUACGGUAGUGCCGCUAAUGGUUAAUGAUAAUUGUUGUAUUUAGACUUUUAGCGUAGAGCAGUAGGAUACUAUAGGUACAGCGGAUGUUAUUGCUGUUUAGAUAGAAUUGAUUUUUCCCCCCCGCGGUACACUCGUCAUCGACACGUAGCUAUAAUGUUGAUACGCAUAUUAUUAUUAUUUUUUGUAAUUAUCGCGGUCAUUUUAUUAUUGUUAUUUUUUUCUAUUUUUUCUUUUUUUUUUUCCCCCAUAGACGUUUAGUUAAAAACGAAACAAUACGCGCGGUAGCGUGGGUAUAGCGGUUCUAGGCGUAGAAUGAUGUCGUGCAAAACGUACCGCGCAAAUCGACAACGCGAAUUGGGUAAACCACGCGAUAAAUAAUAUUAAUGUCGUUCGAAAUCGUUAUUAUUUUGAUUACGGCGAAAUUACGCCGUCCGGCGUGUCAUGUAUAAGCGCAGCUGAUGAAUAGUAUGGUAACGGCGGACCGAAAUGCGGUUACGGCGGCUGCCGCCCGCGGGCGUUAACACGCCCACAAUUAAUGCUGUCGCGUACGUGCGGAAUACGGCGACCCCGAGCACAACUAACGCGUCUGAAGAGAACCGCCCAUUUUCAGAUUGAAUUUCGAACGACUUUUCGGAUUUACCCGUCACGACGGCAUUUCGAAACGCGAUUUGCGGACAUUCCGUCGAUUGGGCGCCCGCGGACGUGUCUUUCGGAUUUCAAGCCCGGGCCCGGGGGAAUUAAUCGAUUUUUGCUUACGGGUAGCGGAUUUGGUUCUUUGCCUAGGGGAUGGGGGGGGGGUGGCGGCGGCGGCGGCAAUAUUUUUUAACGCGACAAUGCCCUCCCCCACCCCCUUAAAUGACGCCUCGAAUUUCCCAUAGUUCUCUAUAAACCCGAAGGGAGGGCGGAAAUCUGUUUUUCCGAUCGGGCGUCGGUUAGGCACCCCACAGACGGGCCCUCCGAAUUUUAGCACGGGUCGAGGGAAUUUAUCAAGGUCAAUGCUUUAUAGUCGGUAAAAAUUAAAAAACGAAAUAAAGACCAAAUUUAAGAACAAACACUAAUUUGUGGAGUACAAUUUUUCUUCUUAUCGUGUCCAGGCUGAAUAUUUACAUAGACGCUUUUUUAUAUUCCGUUUUUUGCUCCAUUGGUUAGGCUACGGCUAUAGCCGCGUCCGUUGCAGUUAAUAAGUCUUCGGGUGUGUAUGGUAAUGUGUUUAGAGGUCGUAUUAGGACACUGUUUUCCAAAUGGGGGAGGGGGGUAGGAGGCGUGAACAAAUUAUUGGGGAAGCGCAAGCAUUCCAUCAUGAAGUAAAAUUUGUGUAUAUCAAAUUAUUUGUAUUUUACAAUGUAGAGAAAAAAUACAGAUUUAAUAAUGACCGGUGGUUGGGUAUUUUUAAAGAUUACGAGCAAGGCCUAGAUAGAGGCCACAGGGGGCAGUUGACACUUUUGAUAGGAUUUGUUUGCUUAUUGACACCUUGAUGAGCUUUUUUUGCUCAUCGUAUUUAUUAAAAUGGGACGGGGAGGGCGAGAGGUUUUUUUUCAAAUCUACCAAAGGGGCGUAGGAUAAAAGGAGUUGGGAACCGUUGUGUUAGGAUGUUAAUAAUAAUAUGUUGUUCCGUUUGUUCACUGUCACAGCCGCGGUCCGUGGUACGGACAAAAUCUACUGUUCUUAAUCUAUAAAGUGUUCGAUUCGAAUCGAAAGUGUUACAAUUUUAUUCACAGAUUAAUACUUACCGAUUAUAAUAUAUAUCGUACAAAACUCGCAAAAUUAAAAUGUCUAAUAGCUUAAAAAUGUUUUGAAAAUUUUACAUCUCUAAAUAGCUAAUAUAAUGUUUCAAUCAAAAUUUUAAAUCUCUACGAAUAUUUUUUACUGAAUUACAACAAAAAAACAAAAUUGAAAAUAAUAAAAGUAUUGUUUUCAUAAAUAUUCCCGUUUUUCUCAUUUAUUGAGACUAAAUAAAUAAUAUGCAAAUAGCGAAUACUGGGGUGUGGGGACGGGUGCGGCUAUACUGUUGUAGGUAAGUGUAGUUGGGAAGGUGGUAUACAUUAAAUUAUUUAAUUUUAUCUGUAAGUAACGAUAAAUCAUUGUUAACAAAAAAACAAUUCUGAGUGAAGUUCAGUUAUACAUAUUUUAAAAGGACGUAAAAUUUACGAUUUUCAUUAACAUCAGAUAUUAAAAUUCUUAUAAAAAAAUUCUGCAUUUCACUCAAUUUUUUUUUUUUUUUUACUUCUUUAAGUAUCCAUACAACUAAUAAUGAACCACCUAUUAAAUUGUCAAGCGUUUCUGUUCGUUUUAACAAAUCUAUCCAUAGAGUACCUACCAAAUAAAAAUUACGUAUACAUCUUGCAAAAUUAAAAUAUCUAUAAAUAGCUCAAUAAUAGCUAAACUAAUUUUUUAUCACGUCUAGGAAAAGCCAAUAUAAAUUUCAAGCCUCUAAUAAUAUUUUUAACUGAAUUACAACAAUAAACACAAUUAAAAAUAAUAAAAGGAUUAUUUUUUGUAAAUUUCCCCGUUCUUUCUUCGUUUUUUUUUUUGGAUUUUCCUAAUUAUUAUGAAUAUUACUUAGAAAAUCAAAAGUGAUUUUCACGGAGGAUUUUAGUUUACCGUUUGUUUUUUUUUCUAUAAUAUUAGGAAAUUGUUUAAACUUUAAUUCAAAUGGAAACCCCUUAUUUUCAAAACACAUUCAAAAAGACAUUAUUUUUCUAUAAAUUCUGGUACCUACGCAUAACCGCAUAACAGUGUUAUGAUAACAUAUUAUACCGCAGAUGCGUUUUAAGAGAUGAAUCUAAUUUAAGAAUUUCGUUCGGAAGUGUAGGGAAGGAUUAUUAUUAUCCUUCCCUGUAUGACUAUUUGAAAACCAAAAGUUGAUCACAUGCGUGUACCCGGACAAAAUAACGAAAUAACCGUAACACAUUUUGAAUACGUUAUUUAAACAAAACCAUUAAAUAGGUGUGGAAAAAACGCGAAAAUCGAUUUUAAUCACCAUGUAUGUAAGCGACGGAUCCGGAAAAAAAGAUAACAAACACUCUGUAUAAUUUCGUGUCGCGAGUCAGGACCGUGGGAGAAACGAGUAAAUUAAGUUUUCACGACGCGCGAUUGGCGUGUAUUAUAAUAUUAUUAUUCGUUGUGUACGCCGAGUUUAAAUUAUUUAAUUGUACGUCAGUAAUAAUUAUUGUGUUUGAAACCGCUACAUUCGAUUAGGCGACGACUACGACGGUGUGUUGUUAUUAUCAGCCGCGUUGUUGAAUAUUAGUAUUGUGUUGGUGCGACGAUUGACUACAAUUACUAUAUUAUUGUAUACGCGGACGGGCCCACGAAGACAGCGGUACUAUAAAAAUAUGAUCUUUUAUCGGGUGUUUGAUUUGUGUGAAGUUGUUCGACGUCAUUUACCGUGCUAUCGGGUUGUUUUCCGACGGGGUAGAAAGUCGCGAAUAUAUUAUCAAAAAUUAUAAAAGUAAACAAAAAAAAAAAAAACACUUAAAAGGUACGGGGGUAUACUAUCUGCCGUAUAGGUAUUAUAAUAAAACCGAACAAAAUCACAAAGUCGAAAAGCUCGACGUUCCUCUUUCAAUCGGUUUCGGAUUGAAAACGAAACAAAUCGUGUUUGAAAAAAAAAAAAAAAGUAGUUUUCGAAGUCUUGAGCCAUAUAAAUAUUAUGGGUAUUAAAUUAUUAUUGUUUGUCCAUUUUUAUGGAUUUUGUUCGUUGUUGUUUUAAUUUGGCGUUACAGUGAUUGUUUUUUUUCUAUUUAUAACACGCCGAAGAGCUUCGUUUUUAUUAAGUACUAUGGAUUUUACGUUUUUUUGAAAUAACACCGUACGAAAUGACCCUUUAAAUACCUAUACUAUAUAUUGUCUGAUGCAAAAAAUAAAAUGUAAAACAAACAUUAUACAGCACCCUUGUUCCACUAAAAAUCUAAUACUAUCGACUUACACUUAUCUCAAUAAAAUUAUAGGUACUUACAACAAUAUUGUGAUAUUAAUUUUCUAAAACAUUAUUUAAUAUUGAUACUAUGUAAAUAUAAAUAACUUUGACCAAAAGUCAAGAAUUAGGUAUACAUAUACGUGUAAAUAUUAAUUACAUUAAUUUUUUUUCAUCGAUUAAGUCAAGUCCGGCCCUUCAAGGAACUGCUCAAUGGAUAUGUACAGUCCCACGAGCAUGACGAUGUUCGAUUCAAUGGACAAAUUCAAUGUUCGGAAAUGCCAUCUAUGUGAAGAGUAUUUACUCUCCAAGGACAGUGUCUGCCAACAUUUAUUAAACUGUCCACGCGGAUUAAUCAGUCCACCAAUUUUAGCCGAUUGUCCUGAUUCUGAUAGUCACGAAUUAGAUGCCGAUCUCGACACAGAGUUUAUCAGCUUAUUAGAUUUCGACGAAUCUGCUAUCGACGAACUUACUAUCGACGAAAUUGUUGACAUCUUCGAAGAGGAGGCUGACGUCCCAGUACCUCCUGUCGACGAAACUAAUGUUAACCCUCACCCACGGUUUCUCAUCGUAAUUAAUGUCAACUCUGAAACAGGGGUUAUGAGAAUAGUUAAUCCAGACGAACCUAUUAACAACGAAUCUGAUGCCGAUGAAUCUAUUGCCAACGAAUCUGAUGUCGACGAAUCUGAUUUCGACGAAUCUACUGCCGAUGAAUCUACUGCCGAUGAAUCUACUGCCGGCGAAUCUGAUGUGGAUGAAUCUUUUGUUGGCCAAUUUAUUGCCGACGAAUCUGAUGUGGAUGAAUUUUUUGUUGACCAAUUUAUUAGAAGAGAAUUUAUUGCCGACGAAUCUGAUGUGGAUGUAUCUUUUGUUGACCAAUUUAUUGCCGACGAAUCUGAUGUGGACGAUCUUAUGAGCUACAGUUUUUUUGAUCGUGACUUCUUUGGUCUUCCUGAUGCUAAUAUUAUUUCGCCUGAUCUCGAUAGCAGGUAGUAUUUAAUUUUCGCCUUUAAAUCGACCGAUUUCAACAAAUUUAUACAUUUUAAGUACAUAAUGCAUUAUUUUUUAAUUCUAGCACGUAUGAUUACAACUAUUUGCCUUCGUUUAACCGUCGUCCAAAUGUAUAGAUGCACAUCCGCGCGCACAAAACCGAUGUAAAAGAAUAUAAAAAGUGAGCAUUAGGUCAUUUUUAAUAAUACUUUUAUGGCAUUGAGUAUUUGUGCAUUUAAAAUAAUCAUAUUCAAGACUUAGCGCAUGGACUUUAAAUCAUAAAAUAGUAAUAAUAGUAAUAGUAAUAAAAUAUGAAAUUUAGUCUAUAUAAUGACACCUGUGCCAGGGAUUACUGGAGGUACGUGCGUCUUCCCCUCUCAAAUUAUUUUUUUAUUAGUUCUCACAGAAUUAUAAGAAAAAUAUAAUAUUUUUUUUGAUCUGUUCGGAGUUUAAAGUAAUGUAAUAAAUUUAUAAAACGUAAACUUGAUUAUUUAGACUUUAGAGAAUGAAAAAUACUUGUUCGAAAAUGAGCAAGGAAUAUAUUGGUUUUACAAUGAUAUUCAUUUUUUUAUACUGUGUACAAAUUUCUCUUAGAAAACUUGCUCUGAUGUAUCAAGUGUAGCACUUAUAUGAAAAAAAUUUUUACUAGGACGGUACUUUAGGGUUGUCAUUUUUUAAUUUUCCCAGGGGUUUUAUAAUAAAUCAGAAAAAACCUAGGAAAAACGUGAAAAUUUACGAAAUUUAUUUCUUUCAAAUUGUAAAUAUUUCGCCCUUUCAAAACAUAUGUAACCGAAUUCCGCUCAGAAUCAUAGCAUAUAUGGAUUAAGUUUCCUUUCUUUCUUCCCAAGUUCUCACCUACAACAGUGGCCCACCCACCAUGCGAAGUAUGUCUUUUUUUAUUGUAUGUGUAUAUUGUAUUAAUCAGUAAACUUAAUUGUUAAUUUUUACACAAGUUUUUAUAUGGCGGUUGGAAACCAUGUUUCGAGUAAUAUUUUUAAUAUUUUAGCUUCUGAGUGGAGAAAAGAUUUAUAAAGAUGAUUUUAUUAUUUUUAUUUUUUUAAAUAUAUAAUGCCUAUGUAAUUAUUAGUGCUUGGAAGUUGAAGGAGCUAAAAAUGACAAAAUAUGCAUGAAAAAAUUUUAAAAUGUGCAAAAAAUGAUUAAGUUUCUUAAUCAAAAACAUAAUAUAAUAUCAUUAUUAAUAAUAUACACAAAAAAGAUGUAGAUUAAAUACGAAUAUAAUACGUUGUCAUUAAAUUAAUAAUGGACUGAGACAGUAAGAAAUAACAAAUGAUUAGGUACGUUAAAUAAUAUUGAGUUUUAAAUUUAAUAUUAUUUAAAAUAAAUUGGUUAAGAAAAAAAAAAAAAUCAAUAUUUUUAGAAAAAAUUAUUAAAUAUGAGAAAAUUAAUGAAAAUCGACGAAAUUAUGUACUUUUUCUUUAAAAUUAACGAAAUAUGCAACAUAUGCAUUUUAAAUGUUCAAUUUUUAAACUUUCGAUCGUAUAAAAUGUUUUUGUUUUAAAUUCGGUGCAUACAGAAAAAUAUUCAACUCGUAUAACUUCCGAGCCUUAUUAAUUAUUUUACUAUAAUAUGACAUAUAUAUUGUUGACAACACUAUCAACUGAACUCUGCUCAGAAUCGUUUUUUCGUUAAUAAUGGUUAUCGUUGCUUACGGAUAUAUAUUAAAUUUUCCCUCUAUAACCUUCCCAACGCCUCAUUUACAACAAUGUUAUCCGGAUUUUUAAAAACGUAAUUCCAAUAUGUUGCUAUUGCACAUCGGAUUGUUGACGGGUACAUUAGCCAUUAAAGUAUUAAUAUUAUUUUGUAAUUUUUUUUUCAAUAUUAUUAUGUUCAUGAAACAAGAAAGGUGAGUGAAUUUUGUCUAUAAAUAAAUCUUAAAUUGUAAUUUUUAUCAAUGAAAUACCUUUUUUUAAGAUUUAGCUUGAAGUUUUAUUUUAGCUUACUCAAUAUAAAAUAUCAUGACACCCAACUGAUAUAGAGUAAGUUCUUAGGGGGAAGCUAUAGUAUCAUAUUUAUUUGUUCCCAUAGUCUUACAAGUCUUAAAAGACAAAAACGCAUGAUAGCAAUUUUGGGUUCAAUAGCAAAAGUUGAUUGCUGAUAAUUUUAAUAUUAGAAUGCAUUGAUUUAUUACCACUUAAAUAUAAAAAAAAUAUUCACUGUGCUUGCAUGUUGGUUUAAUCUUAUACUUACCUAAUUUUAAGAUUUUGAUAUUUUACAUUUUAGGUACCCCUAUCUUGCUUAAAAAUUAAAUCAUCAAAAAUUCUUACAUAACAUAGCCAUUAACUGUGAUAGUAGGUAAAUUUACUAUAAUAUUAAUACUAACCCUAAAAUGUGUAGCAUUAAAAAAAAAAAAUCAUCUUUGUCUUAAAGUUUGUAAGAAAGAUUCAACAAAAUGAAUGUGUGGUAUCCUCUGAAUGAGUUAGAUUAGGUUAUAUUAUUGAUUGAAAUUUUAAAGUAGUCAGCUUUUUUUUUUUUUUGUAUUACGUUAAUUUACUUUAGAUUAAAUUAGAUUUAUUUAGAAAUAUUACAUUUUAUUUAAAAUUAUCCGCUGUAUGAACGGAAUGGGUGGAUCUCGGGUCAGAAUUUCCCAUCUUUUUCCUUAUUGACAAUUAUAAAUAAUUAUAUACACAUUAUAAAACCAUCAUUCAUUUUAUUCAGAAAUGAAUUAGAUUUAAUAUCAUUAAUUUAUUAAAUUCACUUUAUUCUUGACACCAUUUAAUUGUUUUUAUAAUAAAAAAAAUACACUUACCUAAUAUUGUAACGAUUAUCAUUUUGUUUUAGGAAUUGAAGAUUAAGGAACUAUUCAAUUGGACACAAGACAUUUUGUUCCCCUUAUUACUGUACUAAAAUUGAUUAAAAUAUAGAUCAUUAGUUUUCAUUAGCAUAGCUUUAUUUUUUCUAAAAACUAUCCCUAGAUUCGUUUGAGAAUCCAUCGCAACAUCGAAAAAGUAAGUUAAAUGCUUAUUUAUUGUAUAAUGUAAAAUUUUUGCCAGCACCAUUUAUGUUUAUAAAUUAAAUUAAUUAUUAAUAUGCACACCUAUGACCAUUUUUUUCAGUAUAUUUAUUGUAAAAUAUAAUCUAAAUGUAUACAAAGACAAAUUUAGUCAAAAUAUUACAUAGGUAUAAUUCAACAAUAAAUAUAAAUUUUAUUGAAUUCAUUUUAUAGGAAUUUAGUUUAGAAGUUUAAUUUUGAUUUUUAAAUGUUGCUCAAAUUGAUUCAAUUUUUAUUUCAACAUUACAAGUUUGUUUCAUUAAUACAAUGACGUUUAUAUAUUCGAUUUCUAAAUUUUUUAUCUAUAUUUUCACAUUUGUGAUAUUUAAAUUUUGCUAAAAAUUAAUUUUUUCAUUUAAUUUUAUUACCAUUGAUGUGUAUUGAUGUUUUAUUAACUAUUAUACUUAAUUUGUUUAUGAUAAAUUAUCCACCAAACUAGUAUAAUUUUCAUUUUUUUUUGCACACCGACUUUUAUUAUCGGUUAAUUAUUUCUGUCAAUUCGUUGUUUAUAUCAGUGUGAAUAAUUUCGAGUAUAAUAAUAUUUAUAUUGAACAAAAAAAAAAA